AUGGCGGAACCCAUUCUAUAUGAAAACGCCAUAUUCUCUGCUUUGAUGACAUUACGUUACUCGCGCUCAUCACAAGAUCGCUGUUCCCGCAAUUUUCCAGUUGCCUACAGCGAGUUCAUUCGAAUGAAUGCUUCUACAUACAAAAAUAUUCGUCCUCGCUUGGAAGACUUCGACUUGGUCAUGUUGGCACUUUUGAAAUGGGAAUUUGACAACACUCUGUCUUCUGGUAUUAUUGAGGAAAUGAUAGGCUUCUUCAAUCAAGGCAAAGUAGCAUGGAUCGGAUUCUGCUAUGGCCUCAAGAACUCCUACUCAAGACAACCAUUGGCUAAACAAAUGUUAGACAAGGAGUUCCGCGCUGCUGUCAGAUCUUUUUGCGAUCGCUUGGAACAGUAUGCUUAUUGCGAUUAUAAUUAA